UUGACUGUUCUGUUGCUUGUCCCACUUUCCUUAUUUAUUUUAUACUUGUUAACGACGACAAAAACCGAGAGGCCAUCGUACCCCGAGAGGGACAGGUAAAGAUAUAGACAGGCAGGUAACGAAAUGUCGUCUCCAGAAGUGAGAUCCCUGGAGAACAUGCGAGCGCAGUUGCCCCCCUAUGAGCUUCCACCGUUCUGGGUGCCACCCGAUAAACGUCCAAACCACCCUGAUUACGACAACGAUCUUCAGAAGUUCUUACCCAGAAAUAUCCAUAUAACGCGUAGCAAUGCAUCUGAACAGCUGGGAUUCAACAUCAGAGGUGGCAAAGAGCAUCACUAUGGUAUUUUUGUAUCAAAGGUGAUGCCUGACAGUGAACCAGACAAAAUGGGUUUGACCAAAGGAGAUCAGAUUUUGUCUGUCAAUGGAAUUAACUUCGAAAGCAUCGAACAUAAUGAGGCUGUUAAAGUCUUGAAGAUGAACACUACCAUCCACAUGGUUGUCCAAUAUUUUCCAUUUGGCUAUGAUCGAACGUUUGACAAAAGCCGGUAUUUUGCCUCACUGCAAUGGAACCCUGAAUGACUUGGUGACAGACAAAAGGAAGAUACAGGACACACAGGACACACAGACAAAUUCAGAUUUGCACCAUCUGUUGAAAGAGACAAUAACAAGUAAUAACCACAUAAAA